AUGAGAAGGGCAAGAAUUUCGCUUGACAUUAGAGAUUGCAUAAUACCGAUCAUAUAUGGUGUUAUUAUUACUCUAAUUAUAAUUAAAUUUGUCUUAUCAAACCCAGCAAUCGAUCCUACAUCUAUUAUUCCGCAUCCUUAUUCAGUAUCUUUCUCUGCAAAAAUAGAAUUAUUCGAUUUGACAUCAUCAUCAGUAGUUUGUUAUGACAAUACAAAACCUAAACUUAAAACUCAAGCUCAAUUUCUUGUUGGUUACAUUUUCGAACAAGCAGGCAUUUCUGUCAAUCUAAUUGGAAAAAUAUCGGAUGACUGCUCUAUAAUAAUUGAUACUGGUUAUCAAGACUCCAAUGAAGAAGCUUAUAACCUUACAAUUACUGAUUAUAAAAUUUAUAUUAACGGAAGUACAAGCAGAGGAUCAUUUUAUGGCAUUCAAACGCUAAGAAAAUUGAUUCCAACUCAAAAAGUAUACAGUGUCAAAUUCUAUCAAGUUGAAAUCAUCGAUAGACCGAGAUUUUCUUUCAGAGGACUUCUUUUAGAUGUCUCACGCUAUUUCCAAACAUUCGAUAAUGUCAAGAGAUUCAUAGAUAUCAUGGCUCUCCACAAUAUGAACUAUUUCCAUUUUCAUAUCACAGAUGACCAAGGCUGGCGCUUUCAAUCAAAGAAAUACCCCAAUCUUACGCUUAUUGGCUCCAUGAGGAACUCCACAAUGAAAGAUGGAAUUCCUCGCGGUGGAUUUUACACACAAGAUGAACUCCGCAAACUUGUUCAAUACGCAGCAGACCGCCAGAUCACAAUUGUACCAGAAAUCGACUUACCAGGCCAUUCCGUCUCUGCUUUGGCCGCCUAUCCCGACCUUGGAUGCACAGGCGGACCUUAUCAUGUUGCACAAAAAUUUGGUCCACAAAUUGACAUUCUUUGUGUCGGAAAUCCAAAUACAAUGACAUUUAUAAAGGAUAUUCUCACAGAAGUUAUGGAAAUCUUCCCUUCAGAGUACGUCCAUAUCGGUGGAGAUGAAGUAAACAAAUUCCAUUGGAGAAAUUGUAAAAAGUGUCAAAGUCGUAUACGAAAACUUAAUUUGUGGGAUGAUGAGAACAGCAAAGAAGAAUACAUGCAAGCAUAUUUCACCCAGGAGCUCGCAAACUUCUUAGCAUCCAAAGGAAAGAAGGCAAUCGGGUGGUCUGAAGCUGCUUAUGUUGGAAAAAUUGGAAAUUUGACGGUUUUGAGUUGGUUGAGGCAUUCAGCGAAAGGAAAAUCAGAAACAUUCGGAUACCCAACGAUUUUGGCACCAACAAAACCAUUCUAUCUUGACUACAGACAGGAAUUCGUCGAUGACUCCACUUAUGUCAUAAAAGGAGCACCUGUAAACACAUUAAGAGAUGUUUACACUUAUGAACCAAUUGAAAAAUUCCACAAAGAUGAAGAUAUAAAGAAUAUCCUUGGUAUAGAGGCUUGUGUAUGGGGAGAAAUGACUCCAAACUUUGAGAGGGUCAUGUACCAAACAUUGCCAAGAGCUGCUGCCACUGCUGUUGCUCAAUGGAGUGAACCUGUAACAAAGAAUUAUAACUCUUUUGUUGGAUCUUUGAAUGCUUUAACAAAGAUUUAUGAUGUCAACAAUUGGACUUAUUUCAAGAAAUUUAGACAAGUGGAGUAUUAA